AUGGGUCCUUUACCAAGAAGGAGAGCCUGGACAUCUCAAUCUUUGGUCACGAUCUCUUUGACUUCAAGCUGUCCAAAUCCGUCAAGCUCACCGACUUUGAUCUCACAAAACCCUUCAAGAUCGGAAAACGAAUUGGCGACGAGAUCGGAUGGGCUAUCCGAUACCCCUACAGCCCUUACAACCGAAUCGAGGGCAAAGACCACCUCCAAGGGCCAGCUCUUCCCCAAGCUGCAGUACGUCUACGACGAUUACACCCUCGGCUUCUUCGACAAGGCUAACAUUUUGAAGAAGCUGACCAACCUCGAGUCCAAUCAAUACACCAGCUUCACCGGCAAGCUGCUCGAGAACAUGUAUAACAUUGUCUUCAGCAAGAUCCCCAAGGAUAUCGUUCUCUUCUUCCAGUUCCGUGCCCAGAUUAUCUCCAAGGAAAGCAAGUACUGCAACUCCUUCCAGCUCGAGAUCUUCGACAAGCCUGGAAAUUCAGGUGGCCGAAAGGGCGACAAGUCUACCCUGGAAAGCUGUCUUGAGGGUGGAAGCAGCGAUAGCGGUGCCCCCGGCGGAAAGGGUAAGUGGUGGGAAAGUGGAAGCCCAAAACUUCCUCGUCUGCUGUAG